UGGUAUGUGGAACUAGAUUCUCUAAACUCAAUUUAAUCGUUGUAAUAACCAUUGUUUUGUGUUUAUUUCUUCUAGUUCAUUGGCACGGACAGUUAUUUGACUAUCAGGUUCAGAUUCAGAAUAUGAUAUUGCAAGUAGCAAACUAUUACCAGCCAAGACCUUUAAUUGAGGUUAAGACUGACAAUGUAAAAACAGAGGAACUGAAUCUGAUCAGUAUUCUUUGCCACAGUACUAAUUUGGGAGAAAAAGAAGACAUGAGGCAGUUUAGACAAGUGGUUGUCAUGCUUAAAUCAGCAGUACUUUUUACGCAGAGAAAAUUAAAUUUUCAUAUCAUUGUAAACGACAAUAACACAUUUUUCAGUAUAGUCCAGACGGCAAAUGGUUGGCCAGAAUUCUACAGAAGCAAACUUGUAUUCUCCUUAUACAACAUUUGGUAUCCAAAG